AUGAGCAUGCCAUCACCACCAGCGGCUGCGACGACCAAGUAUCCUUCCUACGCCAUACAGCCAAACGGCACCCAGCCUGAAUACCAACAGGCGCAGCAGGCAGUCGAAAACGCGAGCGCUGCACUUUCACAAUCGGAAAACUCAGAUCACACGCCCACACCGAACAAUGUUGCUGCAGCAAAUGGGCGGAAACGACGCGCUACGGGCGCUCCGGGAAGCAGAGGUGUGGCGAACUUAACGCCCGAGCAGCUGGCGAAGAAGCGCGCGAACGACCGCGAAGCACAAAGGGCUAUCAGAGAGCGGACACGAAACACAAUCGAUGGCCUGGAGCGAAGGAUUAGAGAGCUGGAAAGCCAGCAGCCUUUCCAAGAUUUGCAGAGAGUGGUGCAGGAGAGAGAUAGGGCUCUCGCAGAAUGCGAAGAGCUUCGCCGUCGUCUGGGAGCGGUAGCAGGCAUAGUCAGCGGUGCCUCGCAGCAGCCAAGCCUGAAUGCUCUGACAGCACAACAGAGUCCACUGCCACCCGUUGCUCCGGGGGCUACGCAGCAGGCAUAUUCACAGGUACAAGGAACGGAACAUCACUAUGAGCAAUCAACGCAGGGCAACCUUCACCCGGAUCUCCGGCCAUCAAGUGAUCAUGCGACACCAGAGAGCCAAGGUCAUGCGAAUGGAUAUCCAGAUUCGGAGCAUCAAUAUCAUGGUGAGCGGCUAGGUGUGAACUUCCUCCUUGAUUCGCCGAGCGACCGCCAGCAUGCCAGCGUUUCGCCUACCACGCCUGCAUUUUACCGCUCUCAGCUUGACAAGCCAGUCUAUGCGCAAUUAACCAAUGUGGGACCGCCAUCCUCCCCACUGGACUCCCUACUCAUUGACUUCCAGAAUCGACAUCGAGAUAUGUUGAGAGAUGGAGCUUCCAUUGAAGACGCUAUCGGGCCGGAAUAUCCAUCUUUCUCAGCAAUGCUUGACAGCCGUUUGCGAUGCCACCCAGUCUCGUCCUUACUUAUAGACAUUCUGUCAAAGUUCCCGGACAUCGAUUCACUUCCCGAAAAGGUCGCUGUGCUCUACAUGAUGUUUCUGAUUCUCAGAUGGCAAAUCUGUCCAUGUCCAAAAUGCUACGAACGAUUACCCGAAUGGAUCCGACCAAUUAACGAGCAAAUACGCGAACCUCACAGCGCCUGGAACGAUCACCUCCCGUGGCCACACAUGCGAAGACAGCUUACGCUCGGCGGAAGCAAGUUCAAAUUCGAGGACUUCUUCGUCCCGCUCACCACCACAUUGUCACUAAAUUGGCUGCUGCCCCGGGACUGUGUACUAAUCUCAAUUCCAUCAAACAAUUCUACCGAGUCACCGCAGCUUAUGAUAAACCCUGCCUUUGAGCAUCACCUGCGGUCGCUCCAGAAUUGGUCUGUGGGUUCCUCAUUUAGCAAGGCAUUUCCAGAACUGGUUGACAGGACUGUGAGGAUCAACGAUCCUUAG